GUUAAUUAACUCGACUUUCUUUAAUGGUAAAUUUUAUCCCUAUUUUGGGAGCAGUUGCUUGUCUGGUAUUCUCGGUAGAUGCUAGACCAAAGGUACACCGUACAAAGGUUGCUAUCCUUGGAGCAGGUGGUGCUGGCAUCUCUGCGGCCAAGCGAUUCAACUCUGCAAAUAUGAAGGAUUUUAUUAUCGUUGAUGCCCAGUCUUUUGUAGGAGGUAGAGUACAGCACACAGGGUUUGGUGAUUACCAGGUCGAGAUUGGUGCAAAUUGGAUUUAUGGUCAAGGUUCCAAUCCAAUCUACAAUCUCGCUACCAAACAUGGUCUCAAGACAGCUCCUAAUGAAAAGGACGAUGUGGAGUUUUAUGAUGAUGAUGGCCAAAUCAAGGAUGGAUAUGGUAGACAGGUGUAUGACACAUUUGCAGAAUAUAUGGUUGAUCUAGUUAAUUAUGCAAGCCAGCGUGUGGAAUCAAAUCAAGUGGAUGUGUCUGCUCGUACUGGUCUAAGUAUGGUUCGCUGGAAGCCGGAUACUAGUCUCAAGGCAGCAGUUGAAUAUUUUUCUGUCGAUUGGGAAUUAGCAGAACCUGCAGAACUGGCCUCGCUUGACUAUUCUGCCGGAACUGCUGAGAUGAUUGCCGGUACUUAUCCUGGUGAAGAUGGAUUUGUUGUCGAUGAACGUGGCUUUAAUCAUAUCCUCAAAGAAGAGACUAGACUUUUCCUCAAACCAAAUGAUCCUCGUCUGAUGUUAAAUACUCUGGUAACUGAUAUCACAUAUGGUGCUGAAGAUGUGGUUAUCACGACUGCCGAUGGAGAUACAAUCAUCGCAGACUAUUGCAUCUGUACAUUUUCGUUGGGUGUACUGCAAAGUGAUAGCGUCAACUUUGUACCUGCCUUUCCAGACUGGAAGCGGGAGGCUCUGCUUAGUUUCCACAUGGCUACUUACACAAAAAUAUUUUUGAAAUUCGAUACCAAGUUUUGGGGUGAUUGGCAGUUUGCUCUGUACGCUGGAGAUUUCAGUCAACGCCCUGGCUAUUACACAGUCUGGCAGAAUCUCAAUGCACCAGGAUAUUUUGCAACCGAUCCUCAGCGUAAAAAGAACAAGAGUGCGGCCAAGGACAACAUACUUAUGGUCACGACCACGUUCAAGGAGUCUGAAAGAAUCGAGAAGCUGGAUCCCGAGCAGGUCGAACAAGAAAUUGUCGAGGUGCUCAAAAGAAUGUUCCCGUCUGCCAACAUCACCAAACCCACCGAGAUUCUGAUUCCUCGCUGGCACACAAAUCCUCUCUUUAGAGGAUCUUAUUCAAACUGGCCCCUGGGUGUGUCGACCCAGCACCACGACAAUAUGCGUGCUCCUCUUCGUGGCUUUAAUGGAUCAAAUGCCAGUCCUCCUCGGCUGUGGUUUUCAGGGGAAGCAAUGUCAGCUGACUUUUAUGGCUAUCUACAUGGUGCUUGGUUUGAGGGUCGGGACACGGCAGGAUCGAUAUUAAGGUGUAUGCGUUCAAAGUGUCCGGUCUAUCCGGCAACGGAAAUUGUCAAGGGGUGUAGUGACAAGAGUGCAAAGGAUACUUCAUUUCAGGCCAAGUGGAGAAAGGCUUAGAUGAUUUAUAACACCACCAUACAUCACACUAUACAUCACAUUCUACAUCACACAUACAAGUCAGAGGCUUGGAGUCAGACACACAAAUAAGACAACUCGAGCAAAAUUUAAUAAACACAUCGGUCUAUGACUAUGACUAUGACAAUAUCUAUGUCUAUGUCUAUGUCUAAGCGUCUGUC